GUAUCACCGACCCAAGAUCAGCUUUUAGUUUGAAAGGUUAACGUUGUUGCUUUCAAUACCGGAAACCAGGUGCAGUUUAAGCCAUACUCCUGAUUUUUUCGCUCGUUUAACAGCACUUUUACCGAUUUCACGUGCGUCCCUCUGGAUGUUGAGUGUGCGAGCUCUGUUUGGGAUCGGUGUCCUGGUGACCUCACGAGCCACUGCGGUCCUGGCCCAGACGGGGACAUGCUCUGUGCCUGCUUCAAGUAACGGCCCCACAAAAACAUCGUGCGUGAGCAGCAGACCGGCGUCGACCAUGGCUCAGACCAUCAAGUAUCUGGGGCAGGAGGAGGCGCAGCACAUCGACGAGGAGCUCUUCACGGAGUACGGCUUCAGCGUGGACCAGCUGAUGGAACUGGCUGGACUCAGCUGUGCCACAGCCAUCACACGGGGAUACCCACUCACCUCACUGGUCAAGCCCAGGCCCUCUGUGCUGGUGGUCUGUGGACCAGGCAACAACGGAGGCGAUGGUCUGGUCUGUGCUCGACACCUGAAGCUCUUUGGCUACGAGCCCACCAUCAUUUACCCCAAGAGGCCAAACAAACCUCUGUUCCAGGGUCUGACCACACAGUGCCAGAAAAUGGAGCUCUCUUUCCUGACUGAGAUGCCUGAGGCCGCGGUCAUUGAUGAGGCGUACAACCUGGUGGUGGACGCCAUCUUUGGCUUCAGCUUUAAAGGGGCAGUGCGAGAACCAUUUGGUUCCAUCUUGGAGGUUCUGAAUAAGACCACAGUGCCCAUAGCCAGCGUGGACAUCCCUUCAGGAUGGGACGUGGAGCGGGGCAGUGUCGACGGACUCCAGCCUGACAUGCUCAUCUCUCUGACCGCUCCCAAAAAAUCUGCCCUCCAGUUUAGGGGGCGUUACCACUUCCUGGGAGGGCGCUUCGUGCCGCCGGGCCUGGAGAGGAAGUAUGGGCUGAACCUGCCUCAGUAUCCUGGAACAGACUGUGUUCUCCAACUGUAGUGACGCAGGUUUGACCAACAGUCAGACGUAUCAAUUUAUUACGUUGUUCUCAUGUCUCCCCCCUGUGGAAAAUGUGGGCAGAGCACACUGCACCUCAUUACCAUUUAAAGGUAAACGUCACGUAACCAUGGCAAUGGUGAUGAUGUCAUACUUUAUUGUAUUUACUUACUGCAAAUAAUUUGUCGUCAUUCGUCAAAUCGACAAAGACAGGCAGAACAAUAAAUGCUCUUCACUAGAGGGCAGCAGACUCUUGGCUGUUAGAGAUCUUCGUUUGUGUCUUUCUUCAAUUCCAGUGAGUUCAGCUGAACAGGCCCAGGUUACACUCUGAGUUACGUAAAUUGUGAGUUUGGUCGAACGAGGAAAACAUUUUUGUUUUUUUUUAAUUUUACGAAGAUUUUAUUAGUACAUCUUAAAGUGUAAGUACAGCUAGCAACUGGAAUGACACUGUAUCGUAAUCCAUCACAUUAUAUUUUAUAAAUAUCUGUGCCAUAUAUAAUGUGUGCCUCUGUUUAAAUACAUGACAUGGAGAUGAAUUAG